CUCUCUUAACCCGGCCAACACUAACAUUCGCUUGAGGCCAACGACGCAAUCAAUCUAGCCUCUUCUUCGCGAACCGUUCUCAGUUCAUAGUUUCAGAUUCGAGAGAUUUAUUAGUAGCUUCUUUCUAAACCCUUUAUUGAUUUCUAGGGUUUUCAUUCCGGUGAGAUCACCAAUGGGUGAAUUGAAGAUGGAAGAGAUGUCUCUGCCUGCUCUGUUCGAACAGGCUCGAAAGAUUCAUUCAUUGGCAUCCGAAUCUGCCGUUGAUCAUGAGACUGUGAAAAAGGGAUGCGAAGCUUUGCAACACUGCGACAAUAUGAUAAGCAAAUUAGGGUUGUUUUCCACCAAUGAGACGAAGGAUGAUAUUAGCACCACUAACCUCAAAUAUAUUCUGGUUCCAUUUUAUCUUGCUGAGUUGACAGAGAAAAUUGCACAGGAUGAUAGGAUACAAGUCGUUAAGAUGUCACAGGCAAAGCUAAAGGAAUUCAUAUCAUUUUGUGAGGCAAUAGAGCUUGUGCCUGAAGAGGAAUUAGAGACUUCCAUACAAGGUGCAGAUCGAAGAGCAAAGAAGAUAGCUAGGUUCAAGCGCCAAAGAGCUGCAGAGUCAAAGCUGCUGGAGAUAAAGGAGCGGAAGGAGCGACGUGGGCGUUCAACCAAGGCUUCCGCCUUAUCUACUCCUGUUGAGGCAGGAGAUGAGGAUCUGUCGGAUGAUGAUGGAGAGGAAGAAAGGGAGGCAUGGCUUACAACCAUCUCUUUGGCUCUUUGUAAGGCUUUUGAUCUACUAGAAAUGCUUAAGAGAGAGGACGAAAUGCUCUCGGCCGUAAAGGAAAAGCAAUUACAGGAAGGAGAAGAGGAAGUUUCGCAGGCUAUUCUUGAUGAGCGCACCAAGAGAGCAGAAGAUUGGCAUCGUAACGCGGCAGUUCGAGCUCGAUAUACAAAACCAGCACCGCCUAUUACAUGUGCUACUUUUGCUCAAGAUGUUUUAGAAGGGAGAGCUAAGGUUUCACAGGAACAUGAACACAAACACCAGCCAAUGAUAUUUGGACCAGCAAGUGUUGUUGGAGGAAGCCUAACAAGUGAAAGGGAAAGGAUGAAAGCACAGGUUUUCCAGCCUGGUUUCAGAUUGCCUACUAUGAGCAUAGAGGAAGCUGGGUUAAAGGAGAUGGAGAUGAUGAAUAAAUGGCAGGAGAGAAAUGCCAAGUUCUUAGAAGAAGCCAAUUCAGCAUGGCACAAGGACAACCGGAUGUUGAGGCCAGGUGAAGAGGACGAAGAUGAUGAUGCUGCCCAAGAGAAGGCGAGGGCAUGGGAUGACUGGAAAGACGAUAAUCCUCGGGGCGCCGGCAACAAGAAGCUCACCCCUUGUGGGUAAGACCGGCAGGUAGUUCAAUGUCUGUCGUGUAUUCUUAUCAGCUCUAAUAAAUUAGUGUUUCAUGGACAAUUAUCUAAAUCUUUAGUCGAUUUGUAGUAUAUACGAAUUUUUGUUGCUACUGUUGUUUCUCUGGUCAGAAGAACUUGUUGCCAUGUAUAGAGUAGUGAUGAUGGUAGGAGUAUUAGUUGUUCAUCUAUAUGUGGACAGGGGCUGGUAGUUGUAUCCGCCCAUCAUGCCCUCUCUCAGAAUCUAUUCAUGAUGAGUGUUUUUUUUUUUUGGAACGAAUAUCUCAAGUUAAGUCGCGGUGCAGUUAUAUUAGUUUUUUUUUUUCUUCAUAUCUUCAUUAUGUAAUGUCACUCUUUAAUCUUAUGGAAAUAUUGUCAGCCAAAAUUAGUUUUGAUUUA